GGCGGCGGCAGCUGCGCUCUCUUCGCCUCUCUCCGCGGUUCCCUCUCCCGCGCGCCUUGCUGUCUGCCUGGGCUGCGCUCCUUCCGCCUUUCCAACUUUCCUGCCAUCGUGACACACUCGCAUCUAUCGUGACACGGGCAUAUCUCUCUUUCCUGGCUCGGGCUUCUCCUCGUCCUCCUUUCCGGGACGGAUCUGCUUCUUCCUUGAGAGACGGAGGCAGCCGGGGUCUUCUCUCUCCUUUCCUUCGCCUUUGGGGCGCUCACUUCAACCGAGAGCCGGACGGAGGCGGUCCUCGCUGCCCAUCGGGGGAGAAUUGAGGCUGCUCCUCCUUGUUUCGCCUUGUUUUCUCGGGAGCGGGAGCCACUCGACGCUCUGAUCCGGAUUGGGUCGCGGCGAACUGACUGCCGAAGUCUUCUUGCCUUCGCCCCGUCCCGCGAGACAGGACUUGGAUGUGGAUGAAAAUGUAGAAGGUGAAGAAAUGCUGGUGCAUAUGUUCAAAUGGGCAUUUGGAUGUACUGCAGAAGAUGUACACUGACAGAACCCUUUGGCUACAGUAAAAACCUGGAAAAAUUGUCAAGGAUGAGGUCCUGUGCCAAAUCAAUGCUUCCGGCUCAGUGGCUGUUCCUGGCAUAUGUGUUAAUGGUGUGCUGUAAAUUGUUGUCUGCGACUGGCCACCAUCCCCGGGGGCAUCCAGGCCACCACCAAGUGAAGCAAGGGACAUGUGAAGUGGUUGCUGUGCACCGGUGUUGCAACAAGAACAAGAUUGAAGAGCGGUCACAAACUGUCAAGUGUUCUUGCUUCCCUGGGCAAGUUGCUGGCACAACGCGAGCUCAGCCCUCCUGCGUGGAAGCUGCCAUUGUCAUCCAGAAGUGGUGGUGUCAUAUGAACCCUUGUCUGGAUGGAGAAGACUGUAAAGUGCUUCCAGAUUACUCAGGUUGGUCGUGCAGCAGUGGAAACAAAGUCAAAACUACCAAGGCAAGUUUAUCUUUUGCUCUAAACAUCACAAGUCACUUUGACAAAAUGAUGGGAUCAUUGGGAGAAAUCCUGAUUAAAUCAGGAAUAUGUUGGCUUUCAUCUGUGUGUGAAAGAGGGGGGAUUAACUGCUUUCCUGAUAUCAUUUCCUGAUCUUUCUUGUUUGUUUGUUCCAUCGCUUCGUGAUCUCAUGGACCAGCCCACACCAGAGCUCCCUGUCAGCUGUGGCCACCUUCAGCUCCUUCAAGGUCAAGACAGUCACUUCAAGGUUACCAUCCACCCAUCUUGCCCUUGGUUGGCCCCUCUUCCUUUUUCCUUCCAUUUCCCCCAAUAUCAUUAUCUUCUUCAAGCUUUCCUGUCUUCUCAUGAUGUGGCCAAAGUGCCUCAUCUUUGCCUGUGAUAUCUUUCCCUCCAGUGAGCAAUCAGGCUGAUCUAAACCCUCCAAAACAUCUGAAGGAGCCCCCGGUGGCGCAGUGGGUUAAAGCACUGUGCCGGCAGGACUGAAGACCGACAGGUCGCAGGUUCGAAUCCAGGAAGAGGUGGAUGACCUCCCUCUAUUAGCUCCAGCUCCUCAUGCGGGGGCAUGAGAGAAACCUCCCACAAGGAUGAUAAAACAUCAAAAAAAAUUAUCCAGGCUUCCCCUGGGCAACGUCCUUGCAGACGGCCAAUUCUCUCACAAAAGGAGCGGUUGCUCCUGACACGACAAAAAAAUAAAUAAAAAAUCUCAAGAACCUCAAAUGUCAGCUUUUUUUCAAGGGGAAAAUGUUGCAAGUUCAUUUUUAGAAAUUUGUGUAUUUCUUCCCACAAGGUCAUUAAUUAAGGGAGAAACUCAGACCAUGGAAAAGUAGCAUGGGAAGAAAAACCUUAGCCUGCCAGCCUAGUAGUCCUGAUUCAGUCUCCACUUUUAGCUUCAAUAUACGAAAUUUGAUCAUAGCCCUUCCACCAUCUUAUAUUGUUCCUGUGUUGUCCUGGUUCUCACAACUAGAAAGGGGGUGUUGACUAGUGUGAGUUUAUAAAGAAACACUUCCUGUAAUAUGUACAUCCCUGGGUCCUUAGGCCUUUUUAGGAUGCCUUUUCCCAAAUAUCCUAAAUGAUGUUUGAUGAACGUAAGCAAGAAAGAGGGCUUCUUGGUUGUGGCACCCUGAUUAUUUAUUACUGUCAACAUCAAAAUCUGCCUAGUGGCAAAGAUAUUCUUCUCCCCCCUGACAUUUUAGCUUCCUUUACAUGUUUUAAAUGUUAUUCCAAGUCUUGCACUUAGUCUAUUUAUUGCACUUUUUCUUUGAUCUUAUUGACAUUAGGAAAUCAGUUGUUUAUUGGCAGGCUAAUGCUAUGUGUAAAAACUACAAUAUUAGCAGCUAUAGCAUUCCUGUCAAGAUGAUAAGGAGGUGUUUAUUUUUAGAAAAUUGUUUCUUGUGGGAUCAGUUGACCACCCAAUGUCUAAGGGCCCUUCCACACAGCCAUAUAACCCAAAAUACCAAGGCGGAAAAUCCCACAAUAUCAUCUUUGAACUGGGUUAUCUGAGUCCACACUGCAAUAUAUUCCAGUUCAAAGCAGAUCAUGUGUAUUGAGCUGUGUGGAAGGGGCCUAAGACUUUGCUACUAUCUCUACACUGCCCCGUGGUGACAGUCUGCUUGCUGUAAUAGGGAUGGAUAAAUUAUUGGAGAAUUCUCAGUUUAACUGAAGUACAUCACCAAGGAUUUCAGACUCCCAUGUCUGAAUAGCUCCCCAGAAUAUUACAAGAACAAAAGCUUGAGGGUGGAAACCAGAAAUAGAUUUUUUGUGUGAAAGGACUGCAAAUUCAAGCCUAGGUAAUGAAAUCAGAAACGCACUAGGCUCAACUCUGUUUCUUGAUUCUGGGGUCCCUUCCACACAGCUGAAUAAAAUCCCAGAAUAUCAGGACAGAAAAUUUCACAAUAUCUGCUUGAACUGGGUUAUCUGAGUCCACACUACCAAAUAUUCCAGUUCCAAGCAGAUAAUGUGGGAUUUUAUUCAGCUGUGUGGAAGGGUCCUAGGCUAAUGUUUUGCACUUGACUCCAGCUGAUCAACCACAGAUUUUAAAGAAAAAUGAAACAA